CACAUGUCUGUCUGAUAAUAAUCAGUCUGCAGAAAUGGUUGACUGCCUUAAGUGGGCAGGGGACAUGCCUCCCCUUGUGCAAGAGUGUUACAUCCCCUGCCGAGAUGACUGUAUGUUCACUCCUUGGUCAAAAUUUACCCCAUGCUCAACAGAUUGUGACACAGUGAGGACCCGCCGCCGACAAUUGACAGGGAAGAACAGAAAGAAAGAAAAAUGCCAGAAUGUUGAAAUUUAUCCUCUAGUUGAAAUGGAGGCCUGCCCCUGUGAUGUAUUCACAGCCCAACCCAAUGGAAAUUGGUCUGAGUGCAUUCUUCCAGAGGGAAAAAAGGAGUCUCAACAGGGCAUAAGAUUGCAUGGAGAUACAAAAGCCUGUGGAAAAGGAGUGCGCCUACAAGCCAUAAUUUGUUCUGAUAAAAAUGGACGGCUUGUUGACCCAUCUUAUUGCAGCAGCUCUGGUUACAUUGAAGAAGAAUGCAUCAUUCCUUGUCCAUUUGAUUGCAAAUUAAGUGACUGGUCUAACUGGGGAUCUUGUAGUUCAUCCUGUGGGAUUGGAGUGAGAAUUCGUUCCAAAUGGCUAAAAGAAAAACCUUACAAUGGAGGCCGUCCAUGUCCCAAAUUGGAUCUCAAGAAUCAGGUAGAGGUUAUCAAGUAAUCAGUGAAAUAAUUAAAA